GCGGGGCGGCGGCGGGAUGGCGGGUCCCGCCUGGCGCUGGGUGCGGAGCGCUGCCCGCCUCCUCCCUGCCGGCGGCGGGCGGGCUGCGGCAGCGCCGUCGCGCGGUCCGGGUUGCGCGCCCGCCGCUUGCUCCGCUCCGUUCGCCGGCUCCGCGUCCUCGAGCUCCGGGGACGAUUCCCUUGGGGACAGACGCGCCCGGAUCCUGUCACGCGGGCUGCCAAAGCAGAAGCCCAUAGAAGGAGUUAAGCAGGUGGUGGUCUUGGCUUCUGGAAAAGGGGGAGUUGGAAAAUCAACAACAGCAGUAAAUAUAGCCCUCGCCUUAGCAGCAAAUGAUUCGACAAAAGAAGUUGGUUUACUUGAUGCAGACAUAUAUGGACCUUCAAUUCCAAAAAUGAUGAAUUUAAAAGGAAACCCCGAAUUAACACCAAAAAAUCUAAUGAGGCCCCUUAAGAACUAUGGAAUCGCAUGCAUGUCUAUGGGUUUCUUGAUAGAAGAGACUGCCCCAGUUGUGUGGAGAGGGCUCAUGGUAAUGUCAGCUGUUGAAAAAUUGUUGAGACAGGUUGACUGGGGUCAACUGGACUAUUUAGUAAUUGACAUGCCUCCUGGAACUGGAGAUGUACAGCUCUCAGUAUCACAGAAUAUUCCAAUUGCAGGAGCUGUGAUCAUCUCCACGCCACAAGACGUGGCUUUAUUGGAUGCACGCAAAGGAGCUGAAAUGUUUAGAAAAGUCCACGUACCUGUUUUAGGACUGGUUCAGAAUAUGAGCGUUUUCCAAUGUCCUAAAUGUAAGCAUGAGACACAUAUCUUUGGAGCUGACGGUGUAAGAGAUCUAGCAAAAACCCUUGGGUUGGAUAUUUUGGGAGACAUUCCACUGCACGUUAAUAUACGGGAGUCGUGUGAUUCAGGACAGCCUGUUGUGAUCGCUCAGCCUCAAAGUGAUGCUGCUAAAGCCUAUCUAAAGAUAGCUAUGGAAAUAGUAAGAAGACUGCCAGUACCUCCUGCUUGAAGUAUUUACCACAGAAACUUGCAAAAAAAGCCAUCUUUGUUGCAACCAAUGCAGAAGAGUCCUGCUACCUAAUAAUGUGGAGGCCAUACCUUAGUUUUAAGAACUUCUUUAGGAGUUAAUUUACCAGAGAUUAAAUUAAGAUUGUGAUAUUUACUGGUUUUUGAAUCAUUGCUUGUCCAUGUCCAAAGGGAUUGAAGUGUGCAAACAGUGAUAGACAGUAUUUAACUGCUGAAUUGUAACAUCAUCAAGCAUUUUUCACGUGUGCUAUUUUAUGAAUGAAAACCAGCCUCUCCACUCAAGGAGAAUGAUGAGAGGUAUGCCAAAGGAUUAAUCCUGCUUAAAAACUUAAAUUUUCAGUAUUCUUAAUUUCUUUCAGUUUUGGUUCAGCUUUUACAUAGUUAACUGUCAAACUGACCUUAAGUUCUGCAAGAUUUUAACAAGAAAAGUCAGUUGUGCAACCGCUGUACUUUUUGUGUGUUCACCUUAUAAGAAAAUUUUAAAAAUUCCACAUAUACUCUGAAGAGUUCUUGUGAUGAAUGGUGAUCAGAUUUAUUCAUUAUCAGAUCGAGUUCGAUCAUGAGGCAAUUCAUGGUUUAGUGAAGCAUGGAUUACAUGACCCCGAGGCUUAUUUCUUGGCUGUUUUGCAUUAUAAUGAACCCAGACAGAAGACCAGGUAACCGAGGUCUUCACUGAAAACCAAAUGUUUUGCCUGAGCUCAGUGUGACAGGGAAUGCAAAUGAUCAAGAUAAAUUAAAUUUGUGAUUGCAUAUUCCUACUACAGUGCAGCAACUUGGAAUUUGAAUAUAAAGACAUAUUUUUGAAGUAAAGAAAUAUUUGGUCUUCAAACUGCA